AUGGCGGGACGCACGGUGGCUCUUGCAAGGAAUGUGGUGACUCCGGCGCUCUUGGAGCCAGGGCGCGGUUUCCUGCUCCGCUGGGGGCUCCUCGGGGGGAGCAAGGAGAAUUCGCCUACGGUUGCCAACCAGGCUAGAUUGAGUAGAGGCAGCUUGUAUUUCUUCUGCAUCGACCUGGGCAUUCGCAAGCCAUGCCUGCACCUUCUUGCAGGAUUCCCUUUCUUCGUAUGA